UUAACUUAAAUUCGGUUUAGUCGAUUAGUCCAAAGUUGCGUUAUUAAAGUAUAUAGUUUAUGUUUUGUGUACUAAUUUUAUAUCAGACGUUUUUUUCAAUUAAUAAUACUAUAUUAUUCAUAACAUAAUAAUAUAUGUAUAACUUUAAAUAAUGGCGGCUGCGGAAAACGGCGAACGUACAGUUAUCAAUGGCUUAUCACAGAAUAAUUCCUAUCAAACGUUUACAAAUAACUCAAUUUCAUCAAACAUCAUCAAUUAUCAUAUUGGUCGUUCCUCAAAAGUAACAAUGAAUUCCUCUGAUCCAAGUCCCUCGCCAACCGGGGUGCCGUUUUCGGGAAGUAUGGGCGAAAAAAUACCGCUAGUCAGUCGUCGGCGACAGAUAUUAGAUUACGUUUCACGUAUAUUCACCAACAACACUAGCGACAGUGAAGAAGUAACUAAAAAUGGAUAUGUCGAAUUUGGCAACAUCAAUGAACCAACCAGCGGCCGCACUCUCGGUACUUUCUCCGGGGUGUUUGCCCCUGUGUGUCUCUCAAUGUUUAGCGCCAUGUUGUUCUUGCGAGUGGGAUUUGUUGUUGGAAAUGCUGGUCUAAUUGAAACACUUUUACAAUUUGUUAUUGCUUAUAUAAUAAUUGUUUUUACUGUGAUGUCUGUUUGUGCUAUAUCAACCAAUGGUGCUGUUGAAGGCGGUGGCGCUUAUUUUAUGAUAAGUAGAAUAUUAGGGCCUGAACUAGGAGGCUCUAUCGGCACGUUAUUUUUUUUCGCGAAUAUAGUAAGCAGUGCCCUCUGUAUUGUAGGAUGUGUAGAAGGCCUCAUUGACAAUUUUGGAGACUCUGGUUAUUUAAUGCAAAAUAUAUUAAAUGACGGUCGUUGGUGGAGGUUCAUCUAUGCAUCUUCAUUAAAUUUUUUUAAUUUAUUAAUUUGUUUGAUCGGAGCAUCAUUGUUUGCAAAAACAACUGUGACGAUAUUUGCUGUUGUUGUGAUGUGUUUGCUAUCUGCAUUUAUUAGUUUCUUCCUGAAACCUCCAUUACAAAUCGAGGUGCCAGCUGCAAAUACUUUUGUGAAUCAAACAAACGAAACUGUGUUCUUAAAUUACACGGGUUUUAGUUUGACCACUUUGACAACAAAUUUAGGUCCAGAUUUUGGAUUUGAUUAUACGUCCAGCAAUAUAGCCGUCACUUUUUCAUCUGUGUUUGGUGUACUAUUUUGUGGCGUCACAGGAAUUUUAGCUGGUGCUAAUAUGUCUGGGAACUUAAAGAAUCCAUCUCGCAGUAUACCUCGAGGAACAAUGGGCGGAGUAUUGUUUACGUUUAUUUCAUACAUUUGUCUAUCUAUUUUUGUCGCAGCGACAUGCUCUCGAGAGUUACUUCAGCAGAACUAUGUAUUUUUAAUGCCUAUUAACAUUUGGCCUCCAUUCAUUUCCAUAGGUAUUUUGACUGCUACGUUUUCAGCUAGUCUCAGCUGCUUAAUCGGUGCUAGUAGGGUACUUGAAGCAUUAGCAAAAGACUACAUUUAUGGUCGGCUAUUACAUUUUGUCAAUUAUGGAGUUUGGCGUUCAAAUCCAAUAGCAGCAGUAAUUUUCUCUUGGGCAGUCGUACAGAUUAUUUUAUUUAUUGGAUCACUCAACUUGAUUGCUCAGUUGAAUGCCAUUUUGUUUUUGUUGGCUUAUGUAGCGCUGAAUUUGACGUGCCUUGGCUUAGACCUUACUUCGGCUCCCAAUUUUAGGCCCUCUUUCAAGUUUUUCUCUGUAUGGACCUGUUCCAUAGGAUUAGUGGGAUGUGUUGUGAUGAUGUUUGUCAUAAAUCCGUUUUAUGCUUCAACGAGCUUUGGAUUAUGCCUUUUAUUGAUUCUCUUGCUGCAUUUAUUUUCUCCAUGUAAAGCCACGGAAUGGGGAUCCAUAUCUCAAGCAUUGAUUUUUCAUCAGGUACGCAAAUAUUUACUGCUUUUGGAUCCAAGGAAGAAUCACAUAAAGUUCUGGAGACCUCAGAUGUUACUAAUGGUGGCUAAUCCUAGGUCUUCGUGUCCAAUGAUUACAUUUAUAAACGAUCUAAAAAAAAGCGGUUUGUUUGUGUUAGGACAUGUUAAAGUUGGCGAAACAGAAACCAAUUUGGAUUAUACAGAUACCUACAUGCCAAACUGGCUGACUCUUGUCGACCACGUCAAAGUAAAAGCAUUUGUUGAACUGACAGUAGCGAGAAGUGUGCGAGAAGGAUUACAUCAUCUAGUAAGAAUAUCGGGUAUGGGAGCGAUGAAACCCAAUACUGUAGUUUUUGGAUUUUACGAUGAUAAAGUUCCAUUUGACUAUUUUACCAGAUUGGAUUCAGUUUACAAAACAGUCACGUUCCAAGGAGUAACUGUUAAUGAUGAAAAAUUUCCUCUUAGGUCGCCAAACGAUGGAAAGCAUUUAACGGCUUCUGAAUUUGUUUCGAUGAUUUGUGACGUGUAUUUAAUGCACAAAAACAUUUGUAUUUGUCGUCACUUUGAUCUCUACAACAAGGCAGACAUCAUUAAGAAUCCCAAGUACAAAUACAUUGAUGUAUGGCCAGUUAACUUUCUUGGGCCAUCUAUGAACGAUGCGUACGAUACUUCUAGUUUGUUCAUGUUGCAACUGGCUUGCAUCAUUAAAAUGAUAGCCGUUUACAAGAAACAUAUAUUACGCGUCCAUUUACUCAGUAAUAACGUCGAUAUAGAAAGUCAAAGAGGGCAGUUAAAAUUGCUGUUAAAUAAACUCAGGAUAAAGGCUACAAUCCAUGAGGUAAAGGAAUGGUCCGAAGUCGAAGGAACUAUGGAAACUGAUAGUAAAUCAUAUAUAGCUAGUGUUAACCAGCUAAUUAGAAAACAAUCAGCCGAGACCGCCAUAUGUUUUGUAUACUUGCCGAUACCAAAGGAUCCUCGUGGAUCAGAACUGCAGAAUGUCAGUUUCUUAAACGCUUUGACAGAGUUGACUAAUAAUUUGCCACCUACAGUUCUCGUACAUGGAGUAAGCGCAGUCACAUCGACUACAUUGUAAUGAUUUUUCUUCUGUUGAGCAAAUGUACGUGUCUUUAUCAUUUUGCCUUAUAUCUACAUAUCUCAUUUUUCUUUUUUUUAUCUAAGUUAAUGUGAUACAUUUUUGAAAACAUAUUUGUGUGUAAUUAUAUAUAAUUAAUGAUAAUUUAUUAACAUAAAAAUUGUGUGAUUAUAAAAAGAUGAAUUUGUUUUGAUUUUAUACAACAUGUAUG